AUGCCCACCGAGUUCAUCAGCGUCACGUUCGCCAAUGCCUCAAACGAGCUCCACCCCAUUCACAAAGCCCCCGUCGACCCUGAUUUCCUUAUUCGCUACUCCCGCUCUCUAGAUGACUACGGAUUCAACUACACCCUAAUUCCCUACAACUCAUCCUCGUUCGACCCAUUCACACUCGGUGCAACUAUUGCGGCCGUCACCAAAAACAUCAAGAUCAUCAUUGCCCUCCGGCCAAAUACCCUAUACCCCACCGUUGCAGCAAAGGCCCUUGCAACCUUAGAUCAGCUCAGCCGGGGACGCGCAGUAGUCCAUUUCAUCGCCGGUGGCAAUGACGCGGAGCAGGCGAGAGAGGGUGACUUCUUGGGCAAAGAGGAACGAUACGAGCGUCUGGAAGAAUACAUCAAAAUUCUGAAGCGGGCGUGGAGCUCUACGGACCCGUUCGACUGGGAAGGAAAGCACUACACUUUCAAGAACUUCAGCAACAAUGUCCGCCCCGUAAACGGCACUAUCCCUGUCUCAGUAGGAGGUUCCUCGGAUGCCGCUUAUCGCAUCGGUGGAUCUCUGGCUGAUAUCUUUGGUCUGUGGGGUGAACCGCUGAAGGAGACAAAGGAGCAGAUCGACCGUAUCUAUGCAGAGGCGGCCAAGGUUGGCCGCCCUAGGGAAGAGUACCCUCGUAUCUGGGUGACUUUCCGACCUAUUGGUAAUUUAUAUAUCCCUCAUUGA